GACUGUAAAGCUAUAAAGAGAGGAGGGUUCAAGUGUCAGGUUACCUGGAAUACUUUAGUUUUGCUUUGUCAGCAGGGUUUGGUCAUUUAGAAGCAGCUCUCUCUGAAUCUCUGUGGCGUUGAAACACAACGCUACACACCACCACUCUUUUUAUUACAGCCUUAGGGGUUUCAAAGAGGGGCGAGCCAGGCACCCUUCAAACCAGAUUCAGUUACACUGCUGUAGAAAGAAAAGAGGAGGGAGCAGGGAAGAGAAAAAGAGACUGAAUCAAACCAGGUUUUGCAGUUUUGGCCAGUAGAGCAGGAGGGCGAGAGGAAGUGGACGAAGGACACACAGAGGACAGCAGGUUUUUUGGGGAGUCCCACCUCCAGGGAGGGAGGGCAGCGUGACGGACAAGGCGCAUCUAGACCUUACUGGGAAAGAAAACUACAUCAUGUGGACGACUGUUCAGACGCCUGAAGAAAGCUCUCGACCUUUAAAUCCCAGGCCAGCAGUUCCACGGCCGGGCCGCCACAGAAAGCCCAUGACGGCUCCAAAGACUCCGAAAGCCAAGACUUGCAAUUGGAAGAAAGUGCUGCUGACUAUCCUGACAGUUGUGGUGUUACUGGCCAUACUGGUCACUGCAGGAUACUUCAUUAAGGUGCUGAUUGACAGCAAAUACUUCUUCUGCAAACGUUCGGUCAAGUUCAUUCCUAUAGACCAAGCCUGUGACGGGAAGGAUGACUGUGCUGGGGGGGAAGAUGAAAUUACUUGUGUGUCAAGCUUUACAGUCAACACUACAUUUCCAGUGCGUCUCACAUCAAGUCGGCAUGUCCUCCAAGUGCACAGUCCAGUCUCAGGGUGGCGGAGUGUGUGUAGUGACGACUGGACAACGCAGCACACAGAGACAGCAUGUAAACAACUGGGAUACACAAAUCAACCUCAGAGCACAAAUGUCCGAGUGGACGCUUUAGUAUCGUUCCUGAAAACUGGACCAUUCACAGCUGUCAGGCCUGGAGCUACAGGCACACCAAUACAUCAGGCUACAAUCGACCGCAGCGUAUGCAGAUCUGGAUCUGUGAUAUCAUUGUCCUGUUCUGAUUGUGGACAUGGUGGGUCUCAGGAACGUAUUGUCGGGGGUUCAGAUGCUUUGAUUGAAGAUUGGCCCUGGCAGGUCAGUCUGCAGCAGGGUGGACAGCACACAUGUGGAGGCUCACUGGUGUCGCCUCGCUGGGUAGUCACUGCCGCCCACUGCUUUACUGACAGUAAAAAGGAGCUGAGUCGGUGGAGAGUGGUGUCAGGACGGACACACAUGAGCACACUGGGAGGUUCACAUGUGGACAGAAUCAUAGUGAAUGGAGACUACGAUCCAGCAAAAAACGACUACGACAUUGCAAUGAUGAGACUGAGCAGCCCAAUCACAGUGGGAGAGGGCCACAAACCAGUUUGUCUCCCCCCGAAAGCUUUUGGCCUUGCUGCCGGAGACAUGAUGACUGUCACAGGCUGGGGAUACCUGGAGGAAGAUGGUAAAGUUUCUCCCUCACUGCAGAAGGCCCAAAUCCCUCUGAUAGAUCGGAGUGUGUGUUCCAGCCCCCGAGUCUAUGGUAGCUCUGUAACGCAAAAUAUGAUCUGUGCUGGUUUCCUGGAGGGGAAAGUGGAUGCCUGCCAGGGGGACAGUGGAGGUCCUUUGGUGCACUUGUCCUCGUCUCAGUGGAGAUUAAUAGGAGUUGUGAGCUGGGGAGUCGGCUGUGCUCGGGAGAGUAGGCCGGGGGUCUACUGUUAUGUGGAAGAGAUGCUCAACUGGAUUCGUACAGUCGUCGAGAAAAACCCUUGAUGACAGCACGUGGGACAGGCACUGCAAGACCAGUCCACCUCAGACAGGCUGUGAAACUAGAAGAAAGCUUUUUGUUUCGAUGGGGCUGCUUGAAGAUGGAAAGUGAGAAAUGGACCAAGAGAAAAGGGAAGUUGAAGAUGUAUCUAAGCAGCAAAAACAGCUGGAUCAUCAAAUACAGCCAUAUGCACAUAAACAAACACACACACACACACACACACACACACACACUUCAAUGUAACCAAAUAUAUUUCAGGUGCUGUUUUUGCCAUUUCAGAUUCUCAGGGGACAAAUAUAAUUAUUUAUGUAGCUAUCUGUCAUUGGCCAGUCUGAGGUCUUCACAGCGAAAUGCUCAAAAAAAAAAAGUUUUUAACUUCUGGACAAGAUGUGGAUCAUGGUUUUGUUUUGUUUUUUGUAAACCAGAAUCAACAGAAUAUUUUACCCAUUUUUUCUGAUCCACUGUCACAAGGCACCAAUUACUAUAAAAACUGCUAAGUGAAGAUUUCAGACUUUGCCAGACUGCCAGACCUCAAACAUGUACUUGACUCCUAUGUACUAUGAUUUUUAGGUGUGCAGCGUUAUGAGGAUUCAUAUGGUACACUGCUAUGUAAAGAAAGGUGUCAUUAGGAGUCAGCGUGACGCCUCAGGUUAAUAUUAACAAUGUUAUAAAAGCAACACCAGGUCUGGGAGAUUAUUACAUGUACCGGUAUCGUGCUGAUAUAAUUUAACUAAACAUUUUAAAUGCAACUUUUUUGCAGCACAGACAGUAUGUUUACUGGCUGUAGCAGAAUAAUUCACACAAGCACUUUAGGUGGAAAGUGAGAAAUACUUGACCUCACUGUAUGUGCAGGUGAUUCAAGUAACUUGAAAAACAAUGCACUAAAUACAAAAAUGCCUGACACACCGUUAUGAGUUCAAAGUGCAAUUGCAAAUCGGGUGUGACUUCAGAAUACUGACAGAGCAGCCAAAAUAUUCAUAGUGGUGGAGUUUUUGCCUUUACCACUAAAAAGAGAGAGAGACGAAUGUAAUUUCUCCAAAAUUUUAUGUGUGAGAAAGUAUGUUUGUUACAUUUAAAGCAAAUAAAUUGAUCAAAUCUG